AUGGGGAAGGCAGGACACAGACCGGGACAAUGGAAGCAGCAAAACAAGAAGCACAACACUGGAGCUCACAGAAGCAAAGGUGCCAUUCGAAAAUCGGUUUCUGGCCAAGUCUCCAGCAGCGGAUCGAUUCAUUCGGGCAAGAGCAGUAAGGCCUCGAGUAAAAUGGCUCGUAAAGCGUCGGCGCUCUCCUUCAGACACAAAAAGGAAGAAACAGCUCGAGUUGCUUACCGCCCAAUUCAUUUGAUCUUCUUCCCUCUUGGAAAUGAUACAAGCGCGAUGGAACUCGCGCAUGCGAAUCUUCAGUGCGCUGGAGCUUGUGAACCUACUGUAGGUGGAAGCUACCAGAUUGCCCUUGAUCGGAAGAAAUUCAACAUCACCAGGCCAAACGAUAUCAGCUCACUUUUGACCCAAUCUCAGGUUUGCGAUGGAAUAAUUCUAACGAUUCGUUACACAGAUGAUUUCCUUUGCGAAAACAUUAAACUCCUUGAAAUGCUUGCUCAUGGUGUUGGGCUACCUCAAGUUUUUCUUGCGAUUCAAGGAUUAUCGGAAAUUCCUGCCGCGAAAGUAAUGGCUGCCCGUAAUGAUGUCUUGAAACGAUUCAAAGAUCUAAACGUCAUCCCUUGUGAUAAAAUGAAGACAUUCCCAAUUGAUAACAUUGAUCAGACGAGAGCACUAUUGCGUCAGGUAGCUACCGUUCGUCAGACCGCCCGUGGACACAUCAAUCGCCCAUUUAUGCUCGCGGAGAAAAUUGCAGUCGACGGCGAUGAUCUGAGGAUUUCCGGAUUCUUGAGCAGAGGCCUCUCUGUCAAUCUACCCAUUCAUGUUCCCGGAGUGGGCGAUUUCCUAAUUAAACAAGUUGAAGACAAACUCGGAGAAGUUAUCAAAAAGUCGAGAGAAGACAAGCUUCCAAAUCUGAAUCCAGAAGCCGAAGUGGACAUGCUCGACGCCGAACAGACCUUUCCGACGGAAGACGAGCUCAGAGAUGCUGAAACGCUACAGAAGCAGACUGUCAAGAGAAAGGUUCCUAAAGGAUAUUCGGCAUACCAGGCUGCUUGGAUUCCUGAUGAUGAUAUAGAAAGUGAAGACGAAGAUGAUGAUAUUAUAGAAGAGGAGGACGAGGACAUGGAAGAUGAUAUCCCUGACUUGGAAGGCGACGAUGACCGAGAGUACUUCGAAGACGAAUCUAAGGUCCAGGCAGAAAUGGACGCUGCAAUGGGGCUAGAUAACAAAGAAGAGGAAAAUGAGGAAGAAGACAAAGACGGCGUAAAAUACGAUAAAAAUUACGACUACGAGGAGGAAGAGCAGCUCCUCUCGCUCCACAGAAAAGCAAAAGAAGAUCGGGCGUUUCCCGACGAAAUCGACACACCCCAAGAUGCGCGAACCCGUUUGCAAAAGUACAGAGGACUGGCGAGUUUCAGAACUUCCCCAUGGGACAAGAACGAAAACCUCCCAGCUGAUUAUGCGCGUAUCUUCAAAUUCAAGCGCUGGGCGCAUGCCAAGAUCAGAGCGAAAAAGUGGGUGCCAGAAAUCGCUGAAACCGUCGCCGCUGGACAAAUGGUCACUCUUGUUUUAAAAAUCCGAGAAGAGAAUAAAGAACCACUCCGUGCAAUCGGAGAUAUGGACAGUCUAGUUGUCUUCGGUCUUCUAGCCAAUGAGCACAAAAUGUCGGUGAUGCAUUUUGUCAUGAAGCGAGCAAACGGCUUCGAAGCUGAAAUCAAGAACAAGUCUGAAUUGUACUUUACGUGUGGAUUCAGGCGAUUCAAAGCUCGCCCUGUGUUUUCCCAGCACACGAACGGGGAGAAGCAUAAAAUGGAAAGAUUCUUGCCGAUUGAUAAGACAAGAAUCGUCAUGUCUUGUUACGCUCCCAUCAUGUUCCCUCCCCAGGGAGUGCUCGCCUUUUCGAAGGAUAGUUCUGGAAAUUUCAAGCUCGCGGCUACGGGCUCAAUUUUGAGCUCCAACCCAGACCGAAUUAAUUUGAAGAGGAUCGUCCUUUCUGGCGCGCCAUUCAAGAUCAACAAAAAGUCCUGCGUGAUUAGAUUCAUGUUCUUCAACAGAAUGGACAUUCACUGGUUCAAACCGCUCGAGCUCAGGACGAAGUAUGGAAGAAGAGGGCAUAUCAAAGAACCUGUCGGAACGCAUGGCCAUUUCAAGGCCACUUUUGAUCAACAUUUGACAUCGAUGGAUACAGUAUUAAUGACGCUGUACAAACGUGUGUAUCCAAAAUGGACAAUGUCAGAGUUAGAUGAUGACUCGAUCAAGUCGCUGCUGAAAUGGAUCGAUGCUGUUCCACUUUCAAGGCAAAAGAAGAGCUUGGCGCGCGAUUUCUCAGAUGGUGUUUUAGCAGCUGAAAUAAUCAAGUUUUACUUCCCUCGAAUGGUCGAGCUGCACAACUACCAAAACGCGAGCUCGCGGCAGCAGAAACUGACGAACUGGCAAACUCUGAAUCGAAAAGUACUCGCAAAAUUCGGCUUCGUCAUUCCCCAAGAUGUAAUCGAAAACAUCAUCAAAGCAGAAACCAAAGAUGUCCAGUUGUUUCUUUUUGGACUGCGACGCGUCAUCGAGGAUAAACUCAAGGGUAGAUCUGUGUCCGAUGAGGGCACACAGAAUUACUACGAAGUGGGCGAUUACGCGCCGCAAUACGACCUAAACAAAGCGUCUGGUGUUCCAGCUCUGCAGCACCACUCCCAUCGCUCAGGAAAAUUAAAAAUGCAUUCCAAAAAAAAGUCUGGAGGGAGCAGCUCAGGGGCGGAUAGAGACAGCCUCUCGCUCACGCUACGCGCCGGCGUGCCUCUCAGUGAGUUGAAUUUGCAACUAUUGGACACCGACACCAAACUUGUGCUCGCAGAGAAGGAACAAGCGCUUUUAGCCAGUCACGAGACCAUCAAAGUUCUGCAAUUGAAAAUUUCGCGACUAGAGCAACUGCUCGCGCUGAAGGACAAGAGAAUCACAGAACUCAAGAAACAAGUCGAGCUUCCACAGAAUCUUUAA